AUGGAAGAUAUCAAUGAAAGACAGAAGCGUAUAGCAUUGUUAAGGGCCCAAAGAAAAGCUGGGAAUAAACCCCAAGUCACCAAAGAAGAACCAAAGCAAGCCAAUACGGAGUCUGAUGUUCCUGAGACGAUUCCAACGCCGAAUGAAAUUAAUGUUAUGAAACUUUCAGGUAACGAAACUGUUGAAUUGGUAUCUAAGGAUAUCGAGAACCGUAUAUUUGCCAGAUCCAAAGAAGUUGCUGAUAAUGCAAUAGAAUUCGAAAAUCUUGAAGUUGAAAAGAAGCCCACUUACAACCAAGACUUGAAGGAUAGUAUGAAGAGGGAGUUUGAAAUUGCACAACAGCGUACCAACAAAGUGAUCAAUCAGAUCUUACAAGAAAAGUAUACAACAAAGAACGAUUAA